GUUCGCAUAAUUUCACAGCACAACAUCACAUGUGAGGAGCUUCAAGUUGCUGCUAGAUUAUUAGUGGAAUUCAUCAAGGAAUUCUACCACCAGCGCAGGCUUAAAUGGAUUCACUUCAUACAGCAGAGCAUUCACGCUCUCAGACACUAUGCUAAUGAAGUUGCAAAAAAGGGUCCUUCACAGUGGACCAUGGAGUGCAUGAUCGGGAACCUCAUUAGCAAGAUUCAUCAGCCAUCAAACCCAUAUGCUAAUCUCGCACAGCAUGCCAUUCAUCAUGCUCAACACAACACUUUGAUGAUUAUGAUUCCAACUCUCAAUCCCAACUACAACAAACUAUUGUAUUGA